ACAUACCCGAGAACUGACACGUGAUCAAAUCCUGCUGCUGUGAUUGGCUGACACAACGCUCCUUUAGAUGUAGGACAAAGGUAGUGGUCCAGUUUAUACUGUCUACACGACGAGUCAAAACAAUGCUGCUCAACAAGGUGAUCAGAGCUAGUGUGCGGUCUGGGAUCCGGCUGCAGAGCUCCACUGCUACUGCAGUCAACCAUACGGCAUCUUCCAGCGGCCACUCGUCAUCCCUUGGCUUCUCGUUUGAGCUGACGGAACAGCAGAAGGAGUUCCAACAGCUGGCGAGGAGGUUUGCACGUGAAGAGAUCAUCCCUGCUGCACCCACUUAUGACAGGAGUGGUGAAUAUCCUUUCCCCAUCAUCAAAAAAGCAUGGGAGCUUGGUCUGAUGAACGGUCACAUUCCACAGGAAUACGGUGGAAUGGGCUUGUCCAUCUUCGACAACUGCCUCAUCACAGAAGAGUUGGCUUACGGCUGCACCGGAGUACAGACUGCUAUAGAAGCUAAUUCUCUGGGACAAAUGCCUGUUAUUUUGGCUGGCAAUGAUGCACAGAAGAAGAAAUACCUGGGAAGGAUGACUGAGGAGCCUCUUAUGUGUGCGUACUGUGUCACGGAGCCGGGGGCGGGCUCUGACGUGGCCAGCAUCAAGACCCGAGCUGAGAAAGUGGGUGAUGAGUAUGUUGUUAAUGGGCAGAAGAUGUGGAUCACAAAUGGUGGAAAAGCAAACUGGUACUUCCUCCUGGCUCGCACUAACGCAGACCCCAAAUGUCCAACCAGCAAGGCUUUUACUGGCUUCGUUGUGGAGGCUGACAGUCCAGGAAUUCAAAUUGGAAGGAAGGAGCUGAACAUGGGCCAGAGGUGCUCCGAUACCAGAGGCAUCACCUUUGAGGAUGUGAGGAUACCGAAAGAGAACGUCCUGAUCGCAGAGGGAGCUGGCUUCAAAAUUGCCAUGGGUGCCUUUGACAACACAAGGCCACCGGUGGCAGCAGGAGCAACAGGCCUGGCACAGAGAGCACUUGAUGAAGCUACCAAUUACGCACUGGAGAGGAAGACCUUCGGCAAAGUUAUCGCUGAGCACCAGGCCGUCUCGUUCCUUCUGGCUGAGAUGGCGAUGAAGGUGGAGCUGGCCAGGAUGGCGUACCAGCGGUCAGCCUGGGAAGUGGACCAGGGCCGCAGAAACACCUACUACGCAUCCAUCGCAAAGGCCUUCGCCGGAGACGUCGCCAAUCAGGUGGCCACUGACGCUGUUCAGGUGUUUGGAGGCAACGGGUUCAACAGCGAUUACCCAGUCGAGAAACUGAUGAGAGACGCCAAGAUCUACCAGAUCUACGAGGGAACGGCUCAAAUCCAAAGACUCAUUAUUUCCCGAGAACAUCUGGGAAGAUACAAGAAAUGAACUCCUGACUUGACCUCAUUCAAAUGCAGUUUGUUGUAACUUUUCUAAACAUAUAUACGUGUUACUGGAAAUAGAUCUGGUUGCUUAAACUCAGGAUAUAGAGCAAAAUGUUGUUUGCCUUAAUGCCAUUUCAUCCUGCCUUGCUUCUUCAGACUGAUCCAGGCCCUGAACCGACAGCAGUCUACACAGCCUUCUAAAUAAUGCCAUAAUUCAUUCAGUUUACUGUUUAAUGGAGCUAUCAGGUGUCAUUAAGUCACUAAAUAUCACAUGACCAUGUCCUGUUAACCUGGUAUUUGCAUUCAGGUGAUUAUCUCCCACUUGUAAAUAUAUCACAUGGAAAUACAGUCCCCUACAGGUUGUUAACAAUGGCAGCCAAACACAAACUCCACUGCGUUUGCUAUCAGCCAGGGUAUGUUGUUAAUUCCAGGGCAUUACAGUAAAAUCCUGUAUUUAUUUAACAUUCGCCUGGUACACUGUUUGCCAGCUGUCCAUCAUAUGUUUAACUGUGAAGUUGUUUGUAUCUGGUGGGGUGAGAUGGGGAGGAGGAGCAGGUUCAGCCUGGCUUUCAGUGUUGCAACACUUGAAUAUAGUGUUGAUUUUGUUCUUUUUCUCCAUUCUGAUUGACAGUAAAAUCAAAGAUAAUAGCAAAGAUGAUGAUGAUGAUGAUGCUGAUGUCCAGACAUCCUGCCAGAUAAUGACAUAGUUGUAGUGUUUGGCUGACUUUCUGCACUCAUUCAAAAUAUUAAAUCAACAAAAUGAUUCUUCAGACAAUGGAUGUAAUGCUCUUUUCUCAAACAGUAAAAACAGUUUUAUCUUGAUCUGUAAAAGAAUGUGUCAGACAUAGGAAUGUGCCUAAUGAUUUAACAACUGUAAAACUGCAUGUUGUCAGAAAAUGGUUAUCUGCCUGAUUUAGCAAGUAAUCCUCAACUGUUGCAGUUCAAUAUAACAAUAGCACCGAUAUGAAAUAUAGAGGCAUCAGCUUUACACAUAACCAUGGAGAAUCUCCACAAAUGUAGAGAAUGGAUGUAAUAUGUAGGCUGUGGUUCAGGUGUCACUGUAGCAUUACUGAUUGACAUCAUUCAUGACAUAAUGAUAAAUUCACCUGAAGCUUUUCAGUUUGUACAUCAUCCAUUUAUUAAAUUAUUCCUUUCAA